AUGCCGGACAGGACGGGCGCCGCCGUGCUUGACGACCUGCCCGACGACAUCAUCGUCGGCAAGAUCCUCAUCCUGCUUCCGCCCAAGGACAUCGGGCGCUGCCGCAUGGUCCGCACGUCCUGGCGCGGCGCCACCUCCACGCCGGAAUUCAUGGUCGAGCACCGCCGCCGGCAGCCGUCGCUCCCAAUCAUCGACGGGAAGGGGCAGCGAGCCAGUUUCGUCACCCUCCGUGACGCUGCUGCCGCCGGAGCCACCAGCCAGCAGCUCUGGCCCUUCCUCUCCCGGUACCGUAAAUCCUGCUGCAAGAUUCGCCUCCAUGCCUCCAGCGAUGGCUUCCUCAUCGUCUCGCGGGGAGACCGGUUCUACAUCUGCAACCCGACCACCCGCAAGCACGCUCACCUGCCAUUUCCUCGCCCUCCUCUGCCGCGCUCCUCCUGCAUCAAUGACAUCUACAUUCACGGCCUCUACCACCACAAAUCAACCGGCAAAUACAGGCUGCUCUUGUCCAACAUUCACAAGAAAGAAGCCACAUUGUACGUCCUCACCCUAGAAAGAGCCAACGAGUUGAGGAGCAUUCAAAUCGUCAUGCCAACACUGCCUUCGCCUUCCCUGGAACAAACGCGUUGGUUACUCUAUGCGCUAUGCCGGUUCUCACCCGUCCACUACCGUGCCAAUCUGCACUGGCUGUUGGAUAAUUCUAGACUUAUUGAUGACAGCAGCACCGGAAAUAUUAUUGUGUUCGAUACAGAAGCCGAGACAUUCCGCUGGAUGAGAAACCCUGCCCACAACAGCAUCAUGAACUGGUUGUUUGACAUGGAGGGCACGCCUGCUUUUCUAGGCACGUCGGCUUAUGUCAACACCGCCGCCACCGCCACCGCCAUGGAUGUUUGGGUGAUGCAGGACUACGAGGCUGAAACCUGGGCCUUCAAGUACCGGAUCGGCGUGUCAAUGAUAGAGGCGUCACGGCUACUUGAUUCAGCUUCUCCCAAAGAGACAAGUAAAAGGAAUCUACCACUUGAUUCAACAGUGAGAUUUUUCAGUGGGAUGACUCCGCUUUAA